AUGGCUGCCAGCGCCAAGUCUUUCCUGGCCGAUGCGGGCUACGGCGAGCAAGAGCUGGACGCCAACUCCGCCCUCAUGGAGCUGGACAAAGGCCUCAGGUCUGGCAAACUCGGGGAGCAGUGCGAAGCCGUCGUUCGUUUUCCCAGGCUUUUCCAGAAAUAUCCUUUCCCUAUUCUCAUUAAUUCAGCUUUCCUAAAGCUAGCUGAUGUUUUCAGAGUGGGAAACAACUUCCUGAGGCUGUGUGUACUGAAAGUUACUCAGCAGAGUGAGAAGCACUUAGAGAAGAUCCUAAAUGUGGAUGAGUUUGUGAAAAGAGUUUUCUCAGUAAUUCAUAGCAAUGAUCCAGUUGCUCGAGCUAUUACACUUCGGAUGUUGGGCAGCAUGGCAUCUAUUAUUCCAGAAAGGAAGAAUGCACAUCACAGUAUUCGUCAGAGUUUGGAUUCCCAUGAUAAUGUGGAAGUCGAAGCUGCUAUAUUUGCUGCUGCCAACUUUUCUGCACAAUCCAAGGAUUUUGCUGCAGGAAUAUGUAAUAAAAUCAGUGAGAUGAUUCAAGGUUUAGCCACACCUGUGGACUUGAAAUUGAAGUUGAUCCCUAUUCUACAGCACAUGCAUCAUGAUGCUAGCCUGGCCUCCAGCUCCAGGCAGCUGCUGCAGCAGCUGGUAACAUCGUAUCCCUCUACCAAGAUGGUCAUUGUUACUCUGCAUACCUUUACUCUGCUUGCUGCUUCUUCUUUGGUUGACAUUCCUAAACAGAUCCAGCUUUUGUUGCAGUACUUGAAGAACGACCCCAGGAAGGCUGUGAAGAGGCUUGCAAUCCAAGAUUUAAAGUUGUUGGCCAACAAGACACCACAUACAUGGAGCAGAGAAAAUAUUCAGGCACUCUGUGAGUCCGCUCUUCACACUCCUUACGACAGCUUGAAACUGGGCAUGCUAUCUGUUCUUUCUACGUUAUCAGGGACCAUUGCCAUUAAACAGUACUUCAGCAGUGCUCCAGGAACAGCAGCUACAACUGCGAGAUCAUUUGAUUUAGUAAAACUAGCACAGGAGUGCUGUUACCAUAAUAACCGUGGCAUUGCAGCUCAUGGUGUGAGAAUUCUGACUAAUAUAUCAGCCUCUUGUCAGGAAAAAGAUCUUCUGCCGUUGGAGCAAGAUGCAGUUUUUGGCUUAGAAUCUCUUCUUGUUCUUUGUAGUCAAGAUGACAGUCCAGGAGCUCAGGCAACCUUAAAGAUCACGUUAACUUGUAUGGUGAAGCUGGUCAAGUGCCGUCCUCACCUGAGCCAGUCAGUAGUCGAAUCGCUGCUGACCCAGUUGCACAGUGCCCAGGACGCUGCUAGGAUUCUCAUGUGCCACUGUUUAGCAGCUAUUGCCAUGCAGCUGCCUGUCUUAGCAGAUGGGAUGCUAGGAGACCUAAUGGACCUCUAUAAAUUAAUUGGACGAUCUACCACAGAUAAAAAACAGGAACUCUUGGUUUCUCUUGCCACAGUGAUAUUUGUUUCCAGUCAGAAAGCUUUAUCUUCAGAAAUCAAAACUGUUAUCAAACAGCAGCUUGAGAAUGCGUCCAAUGGAUGGACAGCCUACAGGAUAGCCAGGCAGGCUUCCAGAAUGGGCAACCAUGACAUGGCCAGAGAACUGUAUCAAAGCCUGCUGACUCAGGUGGCUUCAGAACACUUCUACUUCUGGCUGAACAGCUUGAAGGAGUUCUCCCAUGCAGAACAGUGUCUGACAGGUUUGCAGGAGGACAACUAUAGCUCAGCGCUUUCGUGCAUUGCUGAAGCUUUAAAAUCCUAUCACAAAGGAAUAGCAUCACUGACGGCUGCUAGUACGCCACUUAAUCCUCUGAGCUUUCAGUGUGGGUUUGUGAAACUCAGGAUUGACCUUCUGCAAGCUUUUUCUCAACUUAUUUGUACCUGCAACAGCCUAAAAACAAGUCCACCACCAGCUAUUGCCACAACGAUUGCUAUGACGUCAGGAAAUGAUCUCCAAAGGUGUGGACGCAUCUCUAACCAGAUGAAACACUCAAUGGAGGAAUUCCGAAACCUGGCUACACGGUAUGGAGAUCUGUAUCAGGCAUCUUUUGAUGCAGACUCAGCAACUCUAAGGAAUGUAGAACUACAGCAGCAGAGCUGCCUAUUGAUUUCACAUGCGAUAGAAGCUCUGAUUUUGGAUCCAGAAUCUGCAAGUUUCCAGGAAUAUAGCUCAAAUGGAACAGCUCAUGUUGAGAGUGAAUAUGAAAGAAGAAUGAUGUCUGUAUUUAAUCAUGUACUGGAAGAAGUGGAAUCCCUCAACAGGAAGUAUGCUCCUGUAUCUUACUUGCAUACAGCUUGUCUGUGCAAUGCUGUUAUUGCGUUGUUGAAGGUACCCCUUUCAUUUCAAAGGUACUUUUUUCAAAAGCUGCAGUCUACAAGUAUUAAGCUUGCUCUAUCCCCAUCUCCAAGGAACCCAGCAGAACCCAUUGCAGUACAGAACAAUCAGCAAUUGGCCCUAAAGGUGGAAGGAGUGGUUCAGCAUGGAUCUAAACCAGGCCUUUUCCGCAAAAUCCAGUCUGUCUGUCUAAAUGUGUCUUCAGUGCUGCAGAGCAAAGCUGGACAAGACUAUAAGAUUCCUAUUGACAACAUGACCAAUGAAAUGGAACAGAGGGUGGAACCACACAACGACUACUUCAGCACUCAGUUUCUGUUAAACUUUGUGAUACUUGGCACCCACAACAUCACAGUAGAGUCCUCUGUAAUAGAUUCAAAUGGUAUUAUCUGGAAAACUGGGCCUAAAACAACUAUUUUUGUUAAAUCUCUUGAGGAUCCGUACUCCCAGCAGGUUCGUCUUCAGCAACAGCAAGGACAGCCACCAUCACAGCAGCAACAGCAAAGAACAGCAUACUCACGGUUUUAAUUCCCAGA